AUGAAACUUUUCACCGAGGCAGCUGUCACCGCCCACCGCCACGUGGCACUGUGUGUGGCGGGCGGCCUACGUAAGGCGCCUCCCAGGCAGCCCAGCGAUGACUACGCACAGCGCAGCGCGCCCCACUCCGGCAGAUUAACAGCUCGUGGGUCCCGCGUCUCCGGCCGACGUGCCCCGCCGCAGGUGCACGCGCUCACACGUCACACUUCACAGCUGCAGGUGCACGCACCCACACCUCACACUUCACAGCCGCAGGUGCGCGCGCUCACACCUCACACUUCACAGCCGCAGGUGCAUGCACCCACACCUCACACUUCACAGCCGCAGGUGCACGCGCUCACACCUCACACUUCACAGCUGCAGGUGCAUGCACCCACACCUCACACUUCACAGCCGCAGGUGCACGCACCCACACCUCACACUUCACAGCCGCAGGUGCACGCACUCACACCUCACACUUCACAGCCACAGGUGCACGAGCCCACACCUCACACUUCACAGCCGGAGGUGCACGCGCUCACACCUCACACUUCACAGCUGCAGGUGCAUGCACCCACACCUCACACUUCACAGCCGCAGGUGCACGCACCAACACCUCACACUUCACAGCCGCCAGUGCACGCGCUCACACCUCACACUUCACAGCUGCAGAUGCACGCACCCACACCUCACACUUCACAGCCGCAGGUGCACGCACCCACACCUUACACUUCACAGCCGCAGGUGCACGAGCCCACACCUCACACUUCACAGCCGCAGGGGCACGAGCCCACACCUCACACUUCACAGCCGGAGGUGCACGCGCUCACACCUCACACUUCACAGCUGCAGGUGCACGCACCCACACCUCACACUUCACAGCCGCAGAUGCACACACCCACACCUCACACUUCACAGCCGCAGGUGCACGCACCCACACCGCACACUUCACAGCCGCAGGUGCACGCGCCCACACCUCACACUUCACAGCCGCCGGUGCACGCACCCACACCUCACACUUCACAGCCGCAGGUGCACGCACUCACACCUCACACUUCACAGCCACAGGUGCACGCACUCACACCUCACACUUCACAGCCGCAGGUGCACGCACCCACACCUCACACUUCACAGCCGCAGGUGCACGCACCCACACCUCACACUUCACAGCCGCAGGUGCGCGCGCUCACACCUCACACUUCACAGCCGCAGGUGCACGCACCCACACCUCACACUUCACAGCCGCAGGUGCACGCACCCACACCUCACACUUCACAGCCGCAGGUGCACGCACCCACACCUCACACUUCACAGCCGCAGGUGCACGCACCCACACCUCACACUUCACAGCCGCAGGUGCACGCACCCACACCUCACACUUCACAGCCGCAGGUGCACGCACCAACACCUCACACUUCACAGCCGCAGGUGCACGCACCAACACCUCACACUUCACAGCCGCAGGUGCACGCACUCACACCUCACACUUCACAGCCGCCCCCAGUGGCAGGCCGUCCAGAGCGGCGCUGCAGGACUCGUUCCGUUCUACGCCCACUCCCUGAGUGUGGGGCUGCUUUGACGUCGAAUGCUCCAGAGAAACAAAAUGAUUAA